UACCUCUCACAACUCCUGCCUACAACUCAGAAGUCCUAGAGAGCACCUAAAGUACAAGGGCCACCAUGUCAGGAGUUGCUGCCCAGGUAGCCAAAGCCAGGGCCGUGUCCGAGGGUCUUGGGACCAAUAAGAACCCUGUGAAAUAUCUCAACCAGGACUUCGAGGAGCUGAGGGCGCAGUGCUUGCAAUCAGGGACCCUGUUUAAAGAUGAAGAAUUCCCAGCGUGUGCCUCUGCCUUGGGUUACAAGGACUUAGGACCGCACUCUGCCAAAACUCAAGGAAUUGUCUGGAAGAGACCCUCGGAUAUAUGUCCCACACCUUACUUCAUUGUUGAUGGAGCGACUCGCACUGACAUUCGUCAAGGGGCUCUCGGGGAUUGUUGGCUGCUGGCUGCCAUUGCAUCACUAACAUUGGAUCAGAACAUAUUAGCUAAGGUCGUUCCAGAAGACCAAAGCUUCCAAAACAAAUAUGCCGGAAUCUUCCACUUCCAGAUUUGGCAGUACGGAGAGUGGGUAGAUGUUGUAGUGGAUGACCGACUGCCUACAAAAAAUGGAAACCUGGUUUUUGUGCAUUCAGAGGAAGGUGAUGAGUUCUGGAGCGCUCUGCUGGAGAAAGCCUAUGCCAAGCUGAAUGGAUCCUAUGAAGCACUAACUGGCGGUUCCACAAUAGAAGGGUUUGAAGACUUUACUGGUGGGAUUUCAGAAUCGUACGAUUUAAAGAAGGCCCCGGCUGAUUUAUACGAGAUCAUUCAGAAAGCUCUGAAGGCAGAAUCACUGCUUGGAUGCUCAAUCGAUAUAACCAAUGCCUAUGACACAGAGGCCAUCACGAGUCGGAAGCUGGUGAAAGGACACGCGUACUCUGUCACAGGGGCUGAAGAGGUCAUCUACCGUGGCCAUACAGAGAAACUCGUCAGGGUGAGAAAUCCUUGGGGAGAAGUUGAGUGGACUGGACCUUGGAGUGAUGAAGCUCCACAAUGGAAUUCUAUUGAUCCCAAAGUGAAAGCGGCCCUCGACAAGCAGUCAGAUGAUGGGGAAUUCUGGAUGGCCUACUCAGACUUUAUAAGUGAAUACUCUAAGCUGGAGAUUUGUAACCUGACGCCAGAUACCCUCACUAGCAAAGAGCAGCACCAAUGGAAUAUAACUUUGUACAACGGAAGCUGGGUGCGGGGCUCUACGGCUGGGGGCUGUCUGAACUACCCAGCAACAUUUUGGACAAACCCACAGUUCCGAAUUAAUUUAGACGAGCCUGAUGAUGACCAUGAUGGAUCUCACCAUGAGCCAUGCUGUACUGUAAUAGUGGGAUUGAUGCAGAAAAACCGAAGGAGGCAAAGAAAGCUUGGAGAAGACCUGCUUAGUAUUGGUUUCACUUUAUAUAAGAUUCCCAAAGAGCUCCAGGAUCACACAGAUGUCCACGUAGGAAAGGAUUUCUUCCAGAAGACCCAAUCUGCUGCCCGCUCUGAUACCUACAUUAACAUGCGUGAAGUGUCCAAGCGUUUGAAGUUGCCAGUUGGAGACUACUUGAUUGUACCAUCUACAUUUGAGCCGUUCAAAACUGGAGACUUUUGUCUUCGAGUCUUCUCAGAAAAAGAGGCCAAGUCUUUGGAAGUUGGUGAUGUUGCUGUAGCAAAUCCCUAUCAGCCUCAAAUUACAGACAAAGAUGUGACUGAAGACUUUAAGAACACUUUCAAGAAGAUUGCAGGAGAGAAGGACGAAGUCGAUGCAAAAGAUAUCCAGGUGAUUCUGAACAAACUUCUAGCAAAGAGAACUGAUUUGAAAUCACAUGGAUUUAGUCUUGCGACAUGCAGAGAAAUGAUCAGUUUGAUGGAUAUUGAUGGAACCGGAACACUUAGCCUUGUAGAGUUCAAUGUACUUUGGAUGAAAUUAAAGAAAUAUAUGGAAACUUAUGUUAAAGUCGACACAGACCGAUCAGGAACCAUUGAUGCUCAUGAAAUGAGGGCAGCUCUACAAGAUGCAGGUUUUAAUUUAAACAACAAGAUUCAGCAGUCCAUCACGCAGCGCUACGCAGAUAGUGACCUCACUAUCAGUUUUGAUGGAUUCAUUGCUUGUAUGAUACGACUGGAGACCUUGUUCAAAAUGUUUCAACUCUUGGACCCGAAAAACACUGGAAGCAUUAAUCUCACUUUACCAGAGUGGCUGUGUUCUACAUUGGUAUGAGAGCGUACAAGGAUGCCGUUACCUGCUUUGAAUCGGUUAUAUAUUUCAAUCACGACAUUUUUCACUUGUUUAUUUUGGCACAAUAUCUGUUUAAUAUUAAAUACAUAGAUUUUAAUAGGUUAAUCACUGAUUGCUGCAAUAAAUAUGGCAAAUAAUCAUCACGUGGAACAAAGUAUAUGUCCUAAUCACAUAUAUGUAUUGAUUAUCCUUUGAUUUUAUGAAAGAAUAUAGUUGUGUUGAAAAUGCAAAUAAAAAUAAAUAUAAAAAUAGA